UCCUCCCUUCCCUUGUUUCCCUUUCUUCAGAUGUAAGUCCAGAUGGAGCACAUGGACGUCGGAGGGCAGAUACACCCGAUCAGGCGGCCUCAGCCUUGGGGAAAGCUGAUCCGGCUGGGGGUGGAACAAGCUGAGCCCCAUGUCUUGUUGCUGAAGAGAGAGUGGACGAUUGGAAGGAAGAAAGGUUGUGAUUUAUCUUUUCCGGGCAAUAAAUUGGUGUCUGGCGAUCACUGUAAAAUAACAGUGGAUGAAAAAUCUGGUCAGGUUUCACUACAAGAUACCAGCACUAAUGGAACAGUUAUUAAUAAGCAGAAGGUGGUGAAGAAGCAGACUUGCCCUUUACAAACUGGAGAUGUGAUCUAUGUUGUUUACAGGAAAAAUGAGCCAGAAAACAACGUUGCAUACCUAUAUGAAUCUUUGCACCCCAAAAAGGAUGCAGCUAAUGAGCCAGGAGAAGCCAAGGUUGAAAGUGCAUGCCACACAACCAAAGAUACCUCAAGUACCAGAGAAAGCGACGAUGGGACCUCAAUGGCAUCUCUGCCACCAGCUUCUCAGACCAGCUAUGAAGAACCACAGCCAUCCACUUCGACGUUGAACCUCUUUGAAAUUGUUCCUACCUCUUCCACGGAGUCCGUGUCCACUGAGAAGGCGAACCCCUCAAUAUCUGGAUCACAACCAUGCGCUGUUAUUUCUGCACCUGCUUUGCUUACCUUGGUACCAUCUGGACCAGAGGCAUUGCUCGCACUCAGGCAGCCUCUUGUAAAUACAGAAACUUCUGAUGCUUCUUUGAGGGACACAGAGAAAAGAGCACUGGCCAUGCUAGAGCUUUCAGGCAGGGAAGAGAAAGAAGAAGAUUCCUUCCAGCCUGCCAGGAAGAAAAUCAAGAGAGAUGGCGAUGCCAGGUCUGCCCUUCAGCUGAUCCCUCCAGACGAAUGUGCAAUGAACACUGACCCUGGAGGUGCCAAACCAGCCACCAUGAAGCCAGACAAAAUGGGAGAAAGCCUGAGCUGCAUCAUCUGCCAGGAACUGCUCCAUGACUGUGUCAGUUUGCAGCCCUGCAUGCACACUUUCUGCGCUGCUUGCUACUCAGGGUGGAUGGAGCGUUCGUCUCUCUGUCCAACUUGCCGCUGUCCAGUGGAACGUAUCUGUAAAAACCAUAUUUUGAACAACUUGGUGGAAGCAUAUCUCAUCCAACACCCAGAUAAGUGUCGUAAUGAAGAAGAUAUCCAAAGUAUGGAUGCCCGGAACAAAAUCACUCAGGACAUGCUUCAGCCGAAGGUGCGACGGUCCUUUUCAGAUGAAGACGGCAGUUCAGAAGACCUGCUGGAUCUCUCAGAUGCGGACAGCGAAUCCUCUGAUAUUAGUCAGCCAUAUGUCUUAUGCCGGCAAUGUCCAGGUUAUCGGCAAAUCGUCCCACCUCUAGCCUCUCCAGACCAGGAAGGAAAAACAGAACCUGGGCAGGUCCCUGGAGAUUCCCCAUCAACCUCUUCCAACUUUCCGACAGCAGUCCAGGAAUACAUCUGCCCAUCUCAAGGAAGCCACGUGUUCUGCACUUGCUGUUUCCAGCCGAUGCCGGACCGCAGAGCGGAACGGGAACAGAAUCAGCACAUCGCCCCACAGCAAUGCUCCAUUUGUCUGCAGCCUUUCUGCCAUCUGUACUGGGGAUGUCCUCGGGUGUCCUGCUUUGGCUGUUUAGCACCAUUCUGUGAAAUCAACCUUGGUGACAAGUGUUUAGACGGAGUUCUUAACGGCAAUAACUAUGAAUCAGAUAUUCUAAAGGAUUACUUGCAAUCCAAGGGGUCGACAUGGAAAAACAUGUUGAACGAAAGCCUCCUGGCGCUUCAAAAAGGAACUUUUAUUUUACCAGAUUACCGAAUCACGGGACAAACGGUGCUUUGUUACUUUUGCGGCCUCCGGACUUUCCGAGAACUUGCUUAUCAGUACAGGCAGAAUAUUCCUAUUGUGGAAUUACCAGCGGCUGUCACGUCCCGUCCCGACUGCUACUGGGGACGUAACUGUCGGACUCAGGUGAAAGCUCAUCAUGCCAUGAAAUUCAACCACAUUUGCGAACAAACACGAUUCAAAAACUGACAAGGAUUCUUGGGGCGUUUAACCGGCCUCAGUACUUGUAGCUUGCAGGAAGGGCUGGGAAAAUUAAACCGGCAACGCCGGCUUGACGAUUUUUGCUUUGUUGUUCCCUCGUAACGGGGAUUGGCAACUUUUUACAUCAGGUACUCUGAUGUGACAGCGUGCUUUCCCCCACCUCCUCCUCCUCCUCCUCCUUCUGCCACAUUUCUGCUGCCCUGUUUUUCUGUUUGCCGCUUUUUUGAAAAGUGGUUUUGUUUUGAAAGCCCGAAAGGCACAGCCUGCCCCUGUUUUUCUCCUGGGCUUGAGCUGCAGUAGGAAUAUCAGGACUUGAAGAACAAUGGGGCAGUCAAGGCUGAGAGGCAGAAAUGGAACAAUUCUCUGAACGUUGAUUAUGGAACAAAAUGAGGCUUGACUGAGAAGGUGGGAAGGCAAAAUAGGGCAAACCAUGCCCGGAGAGAGGUGCCUUCGUGGCUCUAAGCGGGCAGCGCUGGGCAUUUCAACAAUUUCUUGGGCAACGCAGCGUCCUGCAGGAAUUGACGGCCUGGUCCUCCUGACCCCCCAGUCAAAGAUCCCAGCUGGAUUGACCGAGAGCUAUCCAAGACCAAGCACUGACUCCUCAAGGCAGGGUUUCUCAACCUUGCGUGGACCCCCAACUCCCAGAAAUCCCCAGCUAGCCAUUCUGGCUGGGGAAUUCUGGGAGUUGGAGUCCACACGUCUGAAGGCGGCCAAGGUUGAGAAACCCUGCCUUAAGGUGUCCUGUCUUCUCUUGUCACGCUCCACCUGCAUGUCUCAAAUGUGUGCGCUGCUGUCCAAGCGGUGGAACUCUCAUGGCCUCCUUCGAUUGGAAAGUUCCAAUUCUUUCAUCCUUUUUUUUUUCCUACUCAACCCUUCUUCCCUCCCUAGAUCCCCUUGUUGUUUUUCCCCCUGCCCGGUGAUCUGAGUCCCCUAGGACUCCGACUGGUGCUGUCUUUGACUGAGUUUCAUCUCCCCUGGCUUUCUGCUGGCUCCUCAAGAAGGUCUUCCCCCUGCAGAUCCCGUUCUUUGCAGGCGGUAGUGAUGCUUCAAAACAACUGUGCAGGUUUUUCCCCGCUUCUUACUAGCCUAGUUCCACUAGGAAUUCUCUUUUGGUUUUGUUUUGUUUUUUUAAAGUCCCCUGAUGAUAAAGAAGACUUGAGGAUGGAAUGGAACAGGCAUAAUCAAAGUGACAUUGAGGACUUUUCAGUAGCAUUGCUAGCCAUAGGACUUUAAGAUGGGCGGCUUUUAUCCUGGUCUCCCAAUAGCUAUUCCUUAUCUGGGCUUUUUGUCCAUAAAAUGAAGCAGCAACAUUAAUUCUGGGGGUGGGUAGAUGGAGGCGUAGGUCUCUGAUUUAUAUAUAUAUAUAUAUAUAUAUAAUCAUGGCACAGUGGCCUCUCUCUUUUUAAACCUGUCCUCUUGACUAACAUCAAGAGCAAUCACGCCACAGAUAAUUUACAUAACCAGAAUCUCUUUGGAAAUGAUCUGGGGCUGGCAUACAGCUCUGCUGCCCCCACGGUUGGGCAGAUUUUAAAACGAAAGCCCAGCGCAGCCUUUAGAAGGGUGGAUAAAGAUGAGCAAGCCUUUUUCCCUCAUCUUAGAAUUCCUAGGGUUAACUCAAGUAGCAAUAUCACUCUUCAGCAAUACCCAAAAUCAUCUUUCUCCAACCUGCCGCCCUCUAGAUGCAUUGAAUUCCAUCUCCCAGAAUCGUUAGGUGGCUUGAUCAAGGCCGGGGGGCGGUGGCGGCUGAGCAAGUUGCCAGUUGCAGUUUCAACACAUAGAAGGCAUCAGGUUGAGGGAGGCUUCAUCAAUCCUGUUUUUGCACAGUCUUCCUGGCACUGGUUGCUUAAAACAUUUGCAUCUAUGUACUGGUUCCAUAGCCUGCCAGAAUCAUGUCUUCCUUUCUCGCAGUGUUUCUCAACCUCAGCUACAGCCUGCUGGGUGGGGGAUUCUGGGAAGUUGAAGCCACACAUCCUAAACUGGCUGUGGUUGAGAAACACUACUUUAUAGUAACAGUGGGCACAUUCCAAUCCACUAAACUAUGGGUUGCUGUCUCUGCCCUUAAAAUCAGUGGGAUUUAACAAAAUAAUGUGCAGGGCACAAUCUAGAGAGACGAGUCCAAUCUACAUUACAUUUUUACACACCGAAAGGACUAUGAAGUAAUGCUUCAGUGUCUUGAAGUGGUAAUGCAGGGAGUGGUCCAAAGAGAAAGCAACAGGCCACUCCAGGAUGUAAUACCCUUGUAGUGUAUUUUGAGGAUGGGCUGGAAGGAUUUAUUCCUUCUCUGCAGACUUCAGUCUUUCGCUCCCAGCUUUAAAAAUGUAGAGCUUCCAAGGCACGCUAACCAGGUCUAAUCAUGAGCUUGUUUAAAUAAAAACUCACGUAACUGCUUAA